CGUAGGCACAGCUAGUCUCCAGUCUUUGACGGGUGAGGUGAGGUAAAGAACUUCUCUCUUUCUCUCUCCCUCUAAAGUUGAAAGCCCCAAAAACCAAAACUCCCUCGACAUUUUCCGACUGCAACUCAAUCAAUCAUGAGCAACGAAUACGAUUAUCUGUUCAAGCUUUUGCUAAUUGGGGACUCGUCCGUUGGAAAAUCUUGCUUGCUUCUCAGAUUUGCUGAUGACUCCUAUGUAGACAGCUACAUAAGCACCAUUGGAGUUGAUUUUAAAAUCAGAACAGUGGAGUUGGAUGGGAAGACAGUCAAGCUGCAGAUUUGGGAUACUGCUGGACAGGAGCGAUUCAGGACUAUAACAAGCAGUUACUACCGAGGAGCACAUGGGAUAAUUAUUGUCUAUGAUGUUACUGAGAUGGAGAGCUUCAACAAUGUUAAGCAGUGGCUGAAUGAGAUUGACAGAUAUGCAAGUGACAGUGUGUGCAAACUUCUAGUCGGAAAUAAGUGUGAUUUAGUUGAGAACAAGGUUGUUGACACACAAACGGCCAAGGCUUUUGCUGAUGAACUUGGGAUCCCUUUCCUCGAGACAAGUGCUAAAGACUCCAUCAAUGUUGAGCAGGCUUUCUUAACAAUGGCUAACGAGAUAAAGAAAAAAAUGGGCAGCCAACCAACAGCUAACAAGUCGAGCGGAACUGUUGAAAUGAAGGGUCAGCCGAUUCAGCAGAAUGGCAAUUGUUGUGGUUAGCCAUUCCCAGUAUCAAAUCUGUUAUAAAAUUGCAAGACAGUGGAACUGUGUUGACUGAAUUGUCAUGUGGAUGUUUCAGAAACUUGUAAAAUAUUGCCUAGCUUGAAUUCUUAUCUAUGGGAAAAUUCGAAUUAGAACAGUUAGAUGAUGAUGAUGGGUACACCAACUAUGACCAUUGAAAGGAAGAAGUCUCGCUGCAGGAAGGUGGAAAAUUCGAAUUAGAACAGUUA